UAGCGUAAAUUCGCUCCAUAGUCUUGUUUACAAUAAUUGCACCACUGGAAGUAUCGUCAGACGUAGUAGACAGCGUUGUACUUUCUCGGGCGUGCCCUGUGCUAUCGAUAUUCGAUAACUCAUCGUUUAAGGAUAACGCAAUAAGUUUUUAUUAUAAAUAAAAUGCCUGUGAAAAUAUCUUGGCCAAUUAUAGGAGCUAUUAUCCAUCCAAAUAUUGGAGGAUGGGCUGGAGCGUGUAUUACCAGAAAAAAUAUCAAACCUUGGUAUGAGUCAUUAAAAAGACCCUCUUGGACUCCUCCAAAUUGGGUAUUUGGUCCAGUGUGGACAACCAUUUAUUGUACAAUAGGAUAUUCUUCAUAUUUAGUAUGGAGAGAUGGUGGUGGUUUUAGAGAAGCAAUAAUACCACUUUCUAUUUAUGGAACUAAUUUAAUACUAAAUUGGUCUUGGACACCACUGUUCUUUGGAUUACACAACAUAAAAUGGGCUUUAUAUGAAAUCACAUUAUUAUGGGGAAGCACCGUAGCAAUGGGUAUUUCAUUUUACAACGUGAAUCCAAUUGCUGGCUAUUUAAUUCUCCCAUACUUAGUAUGGAAUUCUUUUGCUACAGCAUUGAACUAUGAAAUUUACAGGAAUAAUAAACCAAAUAUAGAGACAAUUACAGAUGGAAAGAAGGAAUAAUAUGUAAUGAUAUUUUUGUAGCAAAAAAACAUUGAUGUAUAUUAAUAGAUAAUACUUCGUACUUUUAA